AGUAAACACCAUAUAACUGCAAAAUCAUCGUGUCUGCAGCUGCACAGCGGCGGAGCGGUGUCUCCUGUGCUUGAGUUGUGAGUUCUUUUAGUUCAAUUCCUCACAUGUUCAGCUUGAAGCCGAUGACGAUGAAACUUGAACUGGAAUUACCGUCUGAAUAGAUUUAUUCUUUGAUGUAAAUUUCUUGGCUGUGGUACUGAGGCUUUGCAUUGCUCCAUCAGGAAGAGAAGCAAAUGGCUAAGCGUUUGAUUCCAACCUUCAAUUGCAUCCUUGCUGAAAAAAUUGUCCCUCCUUCCAAGACCUCCGCCGGUGUUCUCCUCCCAGAGAAGACUUCCCAGCUUAAUUCUGGAAAUGUGGUAGCUGUUUGCCCUGGAUCACGAGACAAAUCUGGGAAUUUGAUUCCAUUGUCUGUCAAGGAAGGUGACCACGUUGUCUUGGCGGAAUAUGGUGGCUCCCAAAUUAAGCUUGAUGACAGAGUAUUUAAUAUGGAACAGCAUAUUUAAAGAAGUACAAAAUACAGACCGAUAAAGACCACGACUAGAUUGCUUCAACAGAUCCACUUUGAAGAGAUUCGGUGAUAAUUUUGAGUAAGUUGUAUUGAGCACGUGAGAAAAGAUUGAUUCUAGUACUAUCAAGAAACAUAUACACUAAAACUUUACCUCUUGAUAGCCUCUGUGUCUGUAUUGAUUUCUAAUGAAGUCCAUUAGUUUGUUGUAGAUCAGUGCACCAUGUGGAAGAAAAAACCAGCUUCCCGGGCUAACAUAAACAGGACAGACCAAGAGUUAGCAGUAAGAAAAGCAUACUAAAUUCUGUAAUCAGACAAGAAUAACCUCACUGUACCUCCACUCAUGAAGACUAACAAGCUCUUGUUUCAGUCCCAAAA